ACGCCGCGUAACCAUGGCAAAAGCACGCAAACAUUAAAGUGGAACAACGGUGUCCAACAUCCCGUCCAUCCAGCCAGCCGCCUUCUAACCUCAACAUGUCAACCGUUGAUAAAAUGAUUUCGGAUAUGGUAGUGUCCAGACCUCGACAGUAUAGCAGUGCUAUUGCUCCUGAUGCGUCCCUCAGAGUACCAGAGGCGUCCCGCCCGUCCAACGGAGGAGCCACCGUGGGCUUCCGCUCAGCCAAAUACACGCCGAUGGAUUGGCACUCUAACAAUUACGCGAUCCUCCAACAGGCUGAAACAGAUGCAACUGCAGCCGAGAGGAUCCAGCGACUGUCCAAAAGUCUUUGCAAGAAAAGUGAAGCAGACGCGCAGAGCAGACAGUCAGAGGGGACUCGCCAUCUGGGCGGGAGGUUGCAGGAGAUCCACUUGUUGAAGUCGGAGUUGCAGGGGCACAUUGAGAAGUUGUUGGCUGAGACGGACCUGCUGCUCCUUCUCAAGACCCGUUUGGAGAAAGCGCUGGACGCCACCGAAAUACCAUACGGUAUCGCCACCGAUAACCUCACCUGCCGGGAGAGGCGCCUAGGACCCGAACUGGUUAAAGAUGCAGUCGAGGACGAGCUUUUGAAGGAAAUUGACCUGAUCAGAAACAUACAAGCCCUUCUGAAGAGGACGAUCGAUCAGGUUGUCUGCCAGAUCCAGAUUAACAGAGAGGCUAAAAUGACUUUGGAGUUGGACUGGUCUGACAAAUGGCAUGCAUACAACCUGGAUGACCAGUGUGGACGAUACAACAACAUGAGCAGAAACACACAGCACCACCCAAGUUCAGCCACGAUGCAGGAUCAGGUGUCAGAGCCCAACUCCUGGCUGCAGUUUAGCCAGGAAAAUCUGUCCAGGGCCGCACAGGAAGAGCACACCACCAUGAAUCUAAGGGUGCUGGUGGAGAGGCUGUUGCGGGACACCACGGAGGACUUGAGGUCCCAGUGUGCUGCUGUGGACCAGGCCUUCAGCCAGCGCUGCUCGGAACUGGCCGAGGCCAAAACCCUGCUGGAGCUACAGCUCGCACAGAUUUUGGAUCAGAUCGGCGCUCAGGAGAGGAACAUUGUUGCUUUGCAGCAGGCAAUCCUUGACAAAGAUGCCCCACAAAGAGUGGCUCAGUCAAGGCUGUACCAGCGCUCCCACAGACCCAACAUGGAGCUCUGCAGAGAUGACCCUCAGCUCAGUUUGGUGGAAGAAGUGUGGCAGCUGGAUGCCAUGCUGUCAUCGCUGCAGCAGCAGCUGGCUGAAGCUCGCGGUUCGCUGGCCCACCUGGAGGAGUCCCGCACGGCCCUUGAGAAGGCCAUCGCGUGUAAAACACACUCUCUGCUGGUGGACAAGGACAAGUGCAUGCCCCACCGCAGACGCUACCCCACCGUCGUGGCGCUAGCAGGCUACUGAAGUAGAUUAAAAAAUAAUCGUUUUUUGUGGUUGAUUUGGGUUUUUAUAGUACAACUGAUAAUUCAGACACUACUUUGUCAUCAGCGUACACUCAUAACAAGUUGCUUAUGGUUUUCCUUUUUCUAGUUGUAGCCACUCAUACUCACCACUUGAGGGCAGUCACCGACAAAAACAUGAUGCUCUUUUUACUGUACCAAUAGACUUUGAAACAUAUGGUUGUUAAAAUAAUUAAGCAUGACACCUAAUAAAUUUGGGUAAAUUUGGGUACAUUUUGAAUCUGUUGACGCAACAGAUUCAAACUUGUUUCUGCUUAGGGCUUCAUGGCGCGUUGUCCUCAAUCACGUACAUUCACAUCAAACACAGAAUCAUCACCACUCGAUCAUCUGUAGACAGCAGAUCCACACUAACGAAAACGAUAUUCCCCUCCCCCGCCCGUUUUCCUUGGCAGCGUGGCAGGAAUUUUUGGACUCAUAAUGAUGGACUCAUUGCAAAGAUUCAUCUAGCUGUAGAAACGCUGUAGUACAUAUUCCAGGCCUAUAUUCGGCACUGUUUCUGCUAUAGAACUCCACCAAAAAACCAAGAAACCAAGGACCGAAACCGAAGAACAACAGUUGUUAAACCUUGUAGAUUGAGCAGAAAAUACUUUUUAAUGUACAGUUAGUAAUUAUAUUUACUAAGGGGCUGUAAUUAAAGCUACAAAAAUAAAUCGAAUCAAACAAAAACUAAUUGGAUGGAAAUCUAACGUUUUCCACCGGGUGGGUUGGGCGAUGACGUCAUCAUUUGCAUAUCUUGGGUCUCAUGACUCCCAAAACGAAAAAACGAAGAGGGGGAGUUUUUCUCUUUUUCACCCGUGGACCUGGUUUCCAAAGAGUGUGUUUGCAGGCCCAUAAAACUCAGUGUCCUUGACGGUCGGCCCAAACGUGCAAGACUGCAUGUUUUAAAUCGUAGCCGUGUGGCCAGGGCCUAAACCACACGGAAAGGUGGAGUUGGUUGCAAUCUGCAACCUAAUCGCUAGAUGCCACUUAAUCAUACACACUGCACUUGGAAGGGUAGUAAAAAAAAAAAAAAAGAAUUAUCACAUUCCACGAGGGCCUACCUAUGGCACUGCCUUCCUGGAAACGUCGGCCCAACCGCAGUCGGUUUUAGGGUUAGGGUUAUUUUUAUUUUGCAGCAUUCUAGCCUCACAGGUAUAACCGGAUCGUGGCAUUCUCCACGGCAGGCACAAACAUCCGUCUUUGUUACUUGUUGGUGUUUUUUUUUAUUUGCUGUGUUGGUGUUCGAGUAAAACAUGCAUCUAUCCGACUUGCGGUCGGAUAGAAACUUUCUUGCACAAUUAAAAGCUACAUUGCGUGAGCUAAACCAGCUGAGCGUAACAUUACUUUCUCAAUGAAGUCCUCAGUGAGUGAAACCUAUGCUAUAUGGUUGGUCACGGUUCCUUCUGUUUCCCUUGUUAUCCACUAUUGUUGACUGCAGCAUGUGGCCUUCCCACUGGAUCAGGAGGUUGCGGCGGAAAAUGUUCAACCAUUCAUUUGAAUGGUGGGGUAGUGCGUUUAGGCUGCGGCGGUGGUGGCCGCACAGGGUCGUGACGAAACCACUCAGCCGGCCUGCGUCAAUACACUUGUGGAGAAGCACAACACAACGUCACACUGGCUGACAGUCUGCGUCCUCAGGAGCCUCCUGCUCCUGAAAAUGGCCUACCCGAAGUUAUUGAGCUAUAGGCCUAUGUUACGUACAGUGUUCUGUAUGUCUUAUAUGUUAUACAUGGUAUAGGCCUACAUGUAUUGUGUUCUGUUUUGUGUAGUAUGUUUGUGUUGUUGUUCUGUCUCCUCCUCCUGUUUUCAUUCUCCAAGUUCUCAGAUGUGCGCACCUGGUCCCGAUCACCAAAUCACCACACCUGUUCCAGAUCUCCCAUCAACCAUUCCCCUUUAAAUAGUCCUGUGUUUGUUUGUCAGGGGGAAGAGCUUUGGUUUGAGCUGUGGCAGAGCUUUGGUUGAGCUCUGUUUGCUAGUGUUUGCUAGUGUUUGCUAGUGCUUGGUUUCUUUGUUGGUUUAUUGUAUUGUCUUUAGUUGUUACACGUUUGUUUAAACCUUACUACUUUAGUUGUUAGCAGCCUACUUUAGUUUUGUCUUUGUCUUUGUUAAUUCUUUUGUUGUGCGCACAGGGUCAAUAAGGACAGGUAAGAUACCCUGGGGUUUACAUAUUUCAUACACGUAGGUUUACCCGUUGUUAAUACCCUAGGUUAGAGUGAGCACCACCCACUGUACUUUUUCGGUGCAAAGCACCUGUCAAUGGGGGGUUGGGUUUUGUUAUGUUCUUUUCUUUGGUGCCACUGGCAGUCCUUGUUGAUCCCUGUGUUGCCUUUUUUGUACAUAAACACUUUAUAUUGAAUA